UACAGUGAAAGUUCGCAUAUGAACGUGUGUCCAAAUUAUAGUCACCACCGACCAGUGUUCGACGGCCGCCAAAUGCAUCCCAAGCUGUACGAACUGUUACGCUCGCGAAGCACGAGGAUCUUAUUGGGAGACGAUGAGGAAGCCGGUGACGAACAGCAGCAGCAGUCACAGAGUUCGGUUCCAGCGGAGGAAAACGGUGAUAGCAACAGCACAAUAGGAAGUAACAACGGCAACAGUGGGAACAGUAACAGCGGCAGCAACAGCAGUAAUCACAGCAGUCGAAGUAAUAGCAGUGCCGAAAUGAACGGUGGCGGAAUCGAACCCGGCAUCGAUACGAAGCUUGAAAAGGAAAUGAGCGAUAGAAGUCCAUCGCGAGUGACACCUUCGCCACCGCCAUCACAACCUCCGGACGAAGCUCCAAACAGGGAUGAAACACCGGCGGACGAUGACGAUGAUGCGGUGUUGCCGUUGUGCGAAAUCAAGCAAGAACCGAACGCAGAACAGGAAUCCGUCGGCAAAGAGCACAGGCCCGGUUCGACUGGUUCUUCCCAAGGACAAACGCCCUCGCCGACACCCGUCCCGAUGCUGCGGCUAAAUGUGGCCCUUGCCGCCGAUCCAGCCGCCAACCCAGAUGCAAAGGAUCUCAAGAACCUCAGCGAUGCCGAGGCAGCCCUCGAGGAGAAGCAAUCUCAUCACCACCACCAUCAUCACCAACAACAACACGCACUCAACAUGGCCAUCGGUCCUCCGCCGGCCCUCCAAUCGUUGGGCAACACACCACCGGCAUUGCUAAGCCGCAAGCCCACUCCAUCGCUGAAAGGUCCCGAAUUGACUCUGCCGGUAGAAUUACCACCACGGCUGCCCAUGUACAUCUGUGAACCCUGUGGCAUUCGCUUUUCGUCCGCUUCGACGCUAGAAGCACAUCAAACGUACUACUGCUCGCACCGGAAAGAUGCGGACGAAGCAGGUGGCGGUGGCGGUGGUGGUGGUGGUGCUGGUGCCGGAGGAACUGGGGGAUCUGCUGCCAACGCUGUGUCGUCGGGCGGCUCAUCCAGCGGUGGUGCUAGCGCUGUCAAGAAUGCACAUCCCGGAGGCGAUGGUGCUGGCGAACCACCGGCAAAGGCACUCAAAACUGGCAAACAGUACGCCUGCUCGCAGUGUUCGUACAGCGCGGACAAAAAAGUUUCGCUUAACCGGCACAUGCGCAUGCACCAGUCGUCUCCAUCCCCAUCACCGGUCGGUGCGAUCGUAAACGGUGACGAAGCCGGCGUCGUUCUUGCCGGCCAUCAUCAUGUGCAGCAGCAACAGCAGCAACAGCAACAGCUUCAGCUUAUCCAAGCCCAAGCAGUGGCCGCAGCUGCAGCCGUCCUGCACCAACAGCAACAACAGCAACAGCAAGGACAACAACCGCAAGGACCAGCACCCCAGGUCGACCGUUAUUGUUCCGAUUGUGAUAUACGAUUCUCCAGCACCAAGACCUAUCGGGCGCACAAGCAACACUACUGCAGUUCGCGCCACCGCGAAGGGCAACAGUCGAACAACUCAACGCCCAAACCAUCGUCCGCCCCGAAGUCGGGUUCGCAGAGCCCUCCGGACGUUCCGAAAACACCACCGGGGGCCGCCAGUCAGCAACCGUUCCUGGCGCUGCCGACGAAUCCCAUCAUCGUGAUACCGUACUCGCUGAUCCGUGGGGCCAGCGUCAUUCCGGGUUUGCUCUCAUCUCUUGCACCCGGCGUGGCCAAUCCCGAGUCCGCUUGUUUCAUUUUUCAAAACGGCAGUUUGCAACCGAUCGCAAUGUCGCUAGCAUCCCAGGUACAGGCGGUAACGGCUGCCAUAGCGCCGAGCGGGUUUGAAGGUUUGGUAGGACACAAUCAAACACCAAAUCGACCCACACCAACUUCUGGCGCUAUCAGCUGCAAUCAACCGCAGCCACAUCAACAGCAACCUUCCCGCGGUCACACACCAAACAUAUCGAACAGUAGUGAUAAUAAUAGCGUGCACAGCGGUUCCGGUGGAGCCUCAACCGGUGAAGUGCUAAAAGCUAUCAAUAAGCGAGACAAUUCUUCUAACAAAGAACAACCGACCGGUUCAACUCCGCUCGAUCUUUCGGUGCGGCGACUGUCACCGGGUGCUAUCGGUAGCCUAAGCCUUCGCGAACGAUCCCUCUCACUGUCGUCGGCGGUGUCGGCCGAUCCGCGGCUAGAUUUCGACAGUCUCAUGGAGGGUAAGGAGAAUCUGUCCGUCAGCGGUGAUUCGCUCACACCGGAACAGAUUGUGUGUGCCCCUUCGUUGCCGGGCAGUCCACCGCUUACCCCUUCACCGAAGCGUCGCUCCAACAGUCCACGCGGUGGUGGUGGUCCACCGGUAUCAAACGCGGCCGCUGUGGCCGCAGCAGCAGCAGCAGCUGCCGCCGCUGCUGGCCAGCACAAUCUCGGUGGUCCCGUGGGUGGAUUGUCCAUUUCACCGCUUACACUGCAGCAGCAACUAAUGCGACCGCUGCUUCCAGCCGACAUUGCACUCCGCCUAUCGGCCGUCGGUGAUCCGGCCGUUAAUUUGAACCUCAACAUCCUGCCCAACGCCCACCCGCUACUGACAAAGCAAGGCGUGGAACUAGCGCUCCGUCUCUCCUCUUCCGGUGGGUCUGCUUCCGAUGGGCUGGCGAAACCACAGAUAUCUCCACUGCUCAACAGCAUCUCCCCAACGGGCGGAGGUGGUGGACCACCGGGAGCUACUUCCGCAGGACCCGUUCUCGCUCCCCAAACGCCCCAAAUCUUUGUGAAGCAGGGCGAUUCCAAGUGUAAGGAGUGUAACAUUGUGUUCUGCAAGUACGAAAAUUAUCUCGCACACAAGAAACAUUACUGUUCCGCUCGCAACCAGGAGGAUGGUGAGCUGCCCAAGGUUAGUCCACCGAUCUCUCCACAAGCGUUGGCGGGCGGUGCACCAUCCGGUGCUAGCCCAUCGAUCAGUGUCGGAUCGGUCGCGUAUCAGCAGCUUAUUUGUGCUGCUUGCGGCAUUAAGUUUACCUCGUUGGAUAAUCUCAGCGCUCACCAAAUGUACUACUGUCCGAAGCGUAUUGACGCACCACUUCCAGUGAGCGCCGCACCGACUGCUGUAGUAACCACGCAACCGCACAAGGAGCGUUGCUCCAAGUGCAAGAGUAUGCACGAACCUGGUCAACCGUGUACGGUCGCCGGACACGGUGCGUACAAGUGUCCGAUCUGUGAGGAGAUCAGUCCGAACUCGACGGAAGCACGUCGUCACAUGGAUACGCACGGUGGUGUAAAGGCGUUCCGAUGCACGAUCUGCCGGUACAAGGGUAACACUCUUCGCGGCAUGCGCACCCACAUCCGAAUGCACUUUGACAAGAAAACGAGCGAGUUUAACGAGGAGAACUUUAUCACCUGCAUACUGGAAGAGGAUGGCAUUGAAAUACCGCCGGCAGGAGCACAAAAUGCGGCCGCCAUGGCAGCUGUUGCCGCCGCGCAUGCAAUCGCUUCCCAAAAGUUCGCCCCGGCACAGGAACCGGACACCACGGGUGUACCGCGCAUCUCACCACCCGCGGCAUCCUCGACCGGCAAUGGACAGCUUGUGCGACAUCAGUGUGAAUUUUGUCCAUACAGCUCAAGCUAUCGGGUGAAUGUGGCCAAACAUAUCAAACACGUACAUGGCCGGGAGAGACCUUCGACCGGCCACUCACCACUAAUCGGUGAGGGAGGAGAAUCUUUGCUGUACAAUGGGACGGUCGGGAUUGAAACGGGUGGUGCAAUUACACGGCCACCGAUUGCCAGCACACCGGGACUUACCGUGGCCAAUAGUCAAGCCAUUAAAUUGGAACCAAAGGACGACACGCACGGUGGUCUGCAGCAGGACGACCCAGACACACCCGACAUUAAUGUGGACAUCGUGAUGGAAGAGCCGGCCAUUAAAAGCGAAGUGUUUGAUCCGCACAUGCCUUCGCUUAACUCGCCGCUCGGUUCUCCGGCAGCAUCUCCGCUACCCCCGGUGGCAUUGUCCACCAACGUUACCCAGCAGAGCGUGAAAACGAAAUCUCAUCCAACGGCAAGCUCUCCAUCGGAGCAUGGCAUUAAAACACCGUCACCACCGGUAGUGGUGGAAGUGUCCGGUGGAUCACCAGCGUCCCAACCUCAACCUACGCUCCUGCCCGGCCCCAAGUACUGUGACACGUGUGACAUUACGUUUAACUACACCAACACUUACAUAGCGCACAAGAAAUUCUACUGUAAAGCGACAAUAGCAGCAGCAGCAGCAGCAGCAGCGGCUACCGCUGCCGCAGCAGGAAAUGCCGCCGGUAUCCAAACUGGCGGUACCAGCGUUGGCCGGCGUAGUGCAUCCGCGUCACCCAGUCGGGCAGCAACUGGCGGUGCAACAAGCCCUGCCGUUACGGUGGCCGUUAAUCGUGCCACGGAAACGUCUGUCUAA